AAAGGAAUGCCAGCGUACCAUUGUGGCAUCUCACAGUAGGGCGUGGCACUGCAUGUGUAUGCGCGGCAUAGGUGAACAGCCAGCAACGUAUACCCGUGCAAGUUCAAAAUACAAACAUUCUUUCCAUUGCCCUUUGGGCCUUAUUAUCGUACAGAAUUCUCUUUGGAGAGACAUUGCUCUGUGUGUCAGGAUGCAUGGAUGAAGACAGCAACCUUAAAAAAGACCCGGACGGUUGCCUGUCGGUUCGAGUGAGGGCAGACGUUUUCUAGUCCAGCAGCAUGAAGGAGGAAGGACAACAUUUGAAUAUGGACCGGUGGAAGCUGACUACCGUGGCGGACCAACCUUGAAUGCUGACGGGCGGUUUGGGAAUAUCCGAUUGUCGGUUUGCUUAUCACAACAUUCAGGACGCAAGAUGGUUAACUCAGUCAUGACUGCAGCCGACAGCCCUUGCUGCCGACCUGACAUUCGUCUGACCUUUACCCUUUGAUCUGUAUUAUUGCGUGGCCCUGAUUGCCUGGCCCUACUCGAUGAAAGGACCCCACUCGGACCCCACCUGCGGUCACUGGUGUUCUCAUCUGAGGAUUUUCCGCCAUGGCCUGGAGAAUAAGAGAGGGUACAUUGACCUCGUCCUUAAAGUUGGCGGAAUAACUAUUCAAACUCGAACAAACAAGGACUUGGCAUAGAUAUACCCUAUUUGGCACGCCAGUCUUGGCUGGCAUGAACGAACUGGUCUUGCCUGGCGCAGCAAAGAAGGGACCGCCGUGUCAUCCUUCGUGACUUACCCUUAUUUUGAGCUUUUAAGGCAGAGCUUCUCUUCUUCCGCAAUGAUGGACGCAAUGCCGGUGGAAGGCGCCCUUGACUGGAACACGGAGGACUCAUAGUCUACAAUUUUUUGUUCUGCCAUGGAUGUUCUUGUAAAGUGGUCAGAUGGAAGCCAGAAUAUUGUGUACUCUGAACAUCUUAAAUACAAACCUCCCCUUAAUGUGAACAAGGCAGUCAAAAUGAAAUGGGGACGGGUCUGGUGGAGGGGCCGGGUUCUGGAUUUUGAAGAGAGUACAGAAAAUGACGAGGACACCAGUGACAGCACAGACUCAGAUGAUGUACCCAUAAGUACACGGCUGAGUACAACAAAGAGCACUGGCUGCUAUUUGGCAACUACGUGUACAAAUGGAAAUCUAUCUCCCCGAUUUUUAAUGGAAACAGAGGUUGCGGCCUCAUGUUUCAGUCCUCAUACUCCAGCCCCUUGCAACAGUCCAAGACCAGAAGCUGCAGCGAGAUGCAGUGAAUCUUCUUGCACUCCAGAAGAUGCAACUUCAAUUUCAACAACUCCAGCCCCCUGCAGUAGUGGAUCUUCAGAAUGUGUAGUCAGCAACAGUGUCCUUGCUACUGCUACUACUUUGGAGGACAACAUACCUGAGGCUACACCUGGACACAGCAGUCGAACAGUCUCACCAGUUGAUGCAGCUCCAAUUAGCAACCCCCAUCGAAAACCUGCUGAAAGCUGCAGCAGCUCUUCAUAUACCCCAGAUGAUACGGCUAAUUGCAGCAUUUCGGCUUCGGAGGUUGUGCUAGGCAGCAACAGUUCAUUUCUUACUGAAGGUGCUCCAGCCAGCUCCAGUGGUUCAACAUGUACUUCUCCUGGCAUAAUCAACGCCCAUUGCAGUCCUAAUGGUCUGAUGGGUGCAGUAUCAAGCAGUGCAGACAACACAGCAGUUCAAGACAAUGGUAGAGUACAGACUUGCUCCAAUUUUAGUUGUCACAAGGAAAUUUUUGCUGCUUGCUCCAUUUGUCACUGUCUUGUAUGUUUUGAACAUUUUGUAAACUCAGAUUCACGUGCAACACAUAAUUUGCUCUUUGACAUAUUUGAGGGUCAUGCUGGAAUUAAAGCUUGUACCAAUGUGUAAUAUGCCAACAGUGAGACUGUGGAAGAUCUGCUUCCCAGAAUAGAUGAAAGAUGUGACAGUUUUUCUUCUACUUCAAGCUCAGAGAGAGUGGAUUGCAAGACAUAUAAAAGUAGAAUCUCCAAAAGAAAGCACACAUAAGAAGAGAUUUACACGUUUUUACUUGCCUAAAGCUGACAGUAAGUGCAAGGUUUGCAAACUGAUGUUCCUUAACACAUUAGGAAUUUCUGACCGACAGGUUAGAACAGUUGUGAAAAAGCUUGGCCAGUGUUCCACGGUGGGAAAAGAAAGACGAGGGGGCAGGCAGACAAAACUGAAAGACAAAUAACUAAGAGAUGAAGUUGAGAGACACAUACAGCGGUUUCCAAAAACAGAGUCACGCUACUGUCGUGCCAGUUCCUCCUUUCAGUACCUAUCCUCAGAUUUAAACGUUAAUAAAAUGUAUGAUUUGUAUGUGACAGAGCACCCCCAGAGAAAAGCUUCCAGAAGUUUUUAUGGAAAGGUGCUUCGGAACUUGAAGCUCAGAUUUCAUGAGCCAAAAAAGACCUGUGCGGAAUAUGUGAAAGUUAUCACAAAGGACGUGAACCAGAGCGAGAUGUGCUUAACAGCCAAUACGAGAGGCACAUGUAAGAAAAAUGUGCCGUCCGUGAGAUAAAAAGUGAAAAGAAAAAACAAGCUACUGCAAACCCAGAUAAGUUCCAAGCAUUGGUAUAUGAUCUUCAGCAAGUAAUAUACUUGCCAAAGUCUGGAAGGGGGCACUCUUCUAUAGACUAGCCUGCUACAAUUUUACAGUAUAUGAAUUGAGCAGUAAAGCAGGAUACUGUUACCUUCAUCAUAAGGGAAUUGCUAAGCGAGGAGCUAAUGAAAUUGCUUCUAAUCUGUACCAAUAUCUGUCCAUCUUAGACCUUCAAGGGAAAGAGGAGGUCGCCCUGUUUAGCAAUGGAUGCAUAGGGCAAAAUAAAAACUUCAUUUUGCCAGCCAUGUUACUUUACUUCGUGGCAAAUUCUUCGUCUGUGAGACAGGUGACUUUGUACUUUUUUGAGACCAACCAUGGCCAAAGUGAGGGGGACGCUGUCCAUAGUACAAUUGAGCGAUGCUUAAGAGGCACUUGGGAUGUUUUUCUUCCUUGCCAAAUAGCUACUCUAAUCCAAGCUGCUAGAAAGUUCCCUGAACACUACCAUGUCACAGAUGUGCAAAGUAGCGAUAUACAUGAUUGGGAGAAGUUAGGGAAGAAAAUGCAUAUUCUGAGAGUUGCAGGGGCAACCUGCUGACUGGAAAAAGGUAAUGCAAGUGUGAGUGUGUAAAAAUCUGCCAAAAAAGAUCAUGAUCAAAUGCUCGCACUUGGAAAACACCUUUGAUACGAUGGACAUUGAAGACGACUUAAGACGACCACUUGCGGAGCCUUUGUUUUUCCCACCUGAGGCAUAUGCCAAAGCACCACCUAAACUCUCUGAAGGUAAAUACAAUGACCUAAUGACUCUGUGUUCAGGGCCCACUCCAGUAAUCAGCCACCAGAACCAUAUUGCCUUCUACAGGAAUUUGCCACAUUAAUUGAAAAACAGCAGUGUGUUCUUGUAGACAUCAUGUAUGGGUCUGGUACAUGUUCAUGUAAAAAGGCUAUGUUUUGAUUCGUUCUUAAUGUCUUAGAAGUUGCGUGGAUGAAUCCAAAAAUGUUAUACCUGAAGAAUAAUGAAUUGCCAUAAUUUAGUGAUUAAGAAGACUAAGUUGGCUGUUUUCACUAUUAAAAAACAGUCUUUUAUGCUGUUUAUGAUACCUAAAUUGAAUGGGCUGAAAUGAAUUUCACUGGUUAAAACUGCCUUGUUAUUAAACAACUAAUGUGUAAUGAAUUUUUGGAGGAUAACCGUCUUUCGUUUUGUACUUUAUUUUAAUUAUCAACUUCAAAGUUGAUUCAUGUGUAAUUUUUAACUGUCUAGAAUUAAAAUAAGCACUAGAAAAAAUGGGCAGGUCUACAAAAUUCGUUUCUCAAGUUAAUGUAACUUUGUGUGUGCUUUGAUAAAAUUUAUAAUUUGGGUCGUUAGUGGAGGAAGACAGUAAUUUGAAAAAUAAUUUGUCUCAGCUGUGCAAUAAUGUUUGUUAGUAGUUACAUCCCCCCACACCAUCAGAUCUUUUCGGACAGAAACUGGAAUUAAUAGCAGGCUAAACCUAAUGAAAAUGUAAUUCAGCAAAAUAAAACACAACCAAAAAUGUGUCAAAAUCAAACUAGAGUAAAGCACUCUCAUCAUACACAGCCCAUUAAAAUUCCAGUUAGAAUUUAUCCAACCAAGACAAAUUUGGAAAUAAACUUUAAAACUUAGUACAAAGAUCUGAAGAGCGUCCACUAAUAGUAAACGAAUGUAAUAAAACAAACUACGCAUGCGGAAAAACACAAACGGCGCAAAAACACAAACGUCACAAAAAUUUAUCGAGAAUUCACACUCGCAGUUUCACGAAGUAACACAU